AGAGAGAGAGAGAGAGAGAAGAAAAAGAAAUGGGGGAGAAGUAGAUGGAGAAGCCGAAAGGAUAAAAAGAUGAUUGCGCUUGUGGCGUUACAAUUCGUGAAAACCGCACCAUAAUAGGCUGAAAUUCAGGGUUUUGUUUUACUCACGCUCUCACUCUCUGUAUUUAUAGUUUGGAAGAUGUCGAGGCCACUCCAUCGAGGUGUAUCCGGUGGGGGGCGAUUCUCUGGUAAUGGCCAUGAUUUCUGGGAUGACUCUCAGAUGAAAGAUAAAACAGAGAAGCAAGACAUGGACAAAAAUUGUUCAUCUUCUGAUAACACCUAUUUAUCUGUCAGAUUCCCUUUUCGAUUUCUUUUUCAGGACAAUUCAUCUUCAAAACACAGUUUGAAUGAGAAUGGUUUUGUAUAUGAUCCCUUUAGCCCUGGAAAUCUGAGAAGCCGGCACAAAUUGACUUUGCUUUUUCUAAAGUUCAGUUUAGUUGUAAUUGUGAUUCUUGCUCUUAUUGGAUCGUGUUGGUGGACGAUCUCAAUAACAAGCUCGUCAAGGGGUCACAUAAUUCACGGAUAUAGAAGGCUUCAGGAACAACUCGUAUCGGACUUACGGGACAUUGGAGAACUCUCCCUUGGCAGUGCAAGAUUAAAAGAAUUGGGAUACUGUUCUGUGGAGUCUGAAAAUUUUGUUCCAUGCUUCAAUGUUACUGAGAAUCUUGCCUUGGGGUUUUCUAAAGCGGAAGAGCAUGACCGCCACUGUGGGCAUGGUUUGAGGGAAAAUUGCUUGGUUCUUCCACCUGUCAAUUACAAGAUUCCUCUUAGGUGGCCCACUGGAAGAGAUCUCAUCUGGGUUGCAAAUGUCAAAAUUACUGCACAGGAAGUACUCUCUUCCGGGAGUUUGACCAAGAGGAUGAUGAUGCUGGAUGAAGAGCAGAUCUCCUUUCGUUCAGCAUCUCUGAUGUUCGAUGGUAUUGAAGACUACUCACAUCAAAUUGCAGAAAUGAUUGGGCUUAGAAAUGAAUCUAACUUCAUACAAGCUGGAGUUAGAACCAUCUUGGAUAUAGGAUGUGGUUAUGGUAGCUUUGGAGCUCAUCUUUUCUCCAAGGAUCUGUUAACUAUGUGUAUAGCAAACUAUGAGGCUUCAGGAAGUCAAGUUCAACUAACUCUUGAAAGAGGUCUUCCUGCAAUGGUUGGUUCUUUUAUGUCGGAGCAGUUGCCAUAUCCAUCCCUUUCUUUUGAGAUGAUACAUUGUACACGAUGUGGCAUCGACUGGGAUCAGAAAGAUGGUAUUUUACUUAUUGAAGUUGACCGAGUGUUGAGACCUGGUGGAUACUUCGUCUGGACUUCACCACUUACCAAUGCUCAUCUUUCACUUCGCAACAAAAAGAAUCAGAAAAAAUGGGAUUUUGUGUGUGCUUUUGCACAAAAUCUCUGCUGGGAUAUGUUGUCGCAACAAGAUGAAACUGUUGUCUGGAAAAAGACCACUAAAAGAAACUGCUAUGUUUCUAGGAAACCUGGUUCUGGUCCUUCUAUCUGCAGCAAGGGCCAUGAUUUUGAAUCUCCAUAUUAUCGACCACUCCAAGCAUGCAUUGGAGGAACACACAGUCACCGAUGGAUUCCUAUUGAAGAAAGGGCAACCUGGCCUUCUAGGGCUAAACUAAAUUCAAAUGAACUUGCAAUUUACGGUCUACACUCAGAAGACCUUGUUGAGGAUAACCUAAACUGGAAAUCAGCAGUCCAUAAUUAUUGGUCUCUGCUCUCACCGCUAAUAUUUUCAGAUCAUCCAAAGAGACCUGGUGAUGAGGAUCCUUCUCCACCUUUUAACAUGCUCAGAAAUGUGUUAGAUAUGAAUGCCCAUUUUGGUGGCUUCAAUUCUGCUCUAUUAGAAGCUGGAAAAUCUGUGUGGGUCAUGAAUGUGGUCCCUACAAGUGGCUCCAACUACCUUCCAUUAAUCCUCGACAGGGGAUUUGUUGGUGUGUUACAUGACUGGUGUGAAGCAUUUCCAACCUACCCUAGAACCUAUGAUCUGGUGCAUGCUGAAGGACUCUUAUCACUUGAAACUGGACGUUUAUCACUUCAACUGGGUCAGAAGCGUAGGUGCACCAUGCUAGAUCUGUUCUCUGAGAUUGAUCGGAUACUUCGUCCAGAGGGGUGGGUGAUAUUACGAGACACUGUGUUUCACAUCGAAUCAGCAAGAGCUCUCACUGCACUGUUAAAAUGGGAUGCACGAGUUGUGGAGAUCGAGCGUAACAGCGAUGAGAAACUCCUGAUCUGUCAGAAACCUUUCUCUAAGCGAGCAGCGAGCUAAUUAUAAAAAAUUGCAAGGGAGGCAAGAAUGGGAGAUUAAUUUAAUAUUCAUAUUCAUUUUAUGGAUCUAUAUACUGAUAAUCAUAAAGUUCCACCGUUUAAGGAAGGAUGGAAUUAAAAGUUUUGGACAGAAGAAGAAAGCAAGAGGUGAAGGAAACAAAUGAUUUUUGCAUAGAAACCAGCAUAACUCCUAUGGAGCCGUAAGGCGAACAUAGGGCCAUGUAAUUACUCAACUGAGGCUGAAGGUGAAAGGGAAGUGUGGAAUACAACAAAUACGAUGAAUUACUUGUGAAAAUGUUUACACAAUAAGCGACAACGAUGUUUUCUGUAGUAUAUAGAAUCUGUGAAUUUGGAGGAUUUUUUUAGAGACCAAUUUGUUUGUUUAUUUUUUACAGCAGA